AUGUUGUCCCACCUCAGAGCCCGUAGCAGGAGUUUGUUCCACAGCUACAAGCAUGGCAGCAGCCGCACUCAAGCCGCCAAAGAACCGGUCGACCAUCUGGACUUCAUCUACACCUUUAAGCCAUGGAACUCCAUGCAGGAUCUGAGCAGAGACAUCUAUGAUCUUUAUGCCGAGUAUGAAGACGAGGAGGUGGAGGAUCGGUUGCCGGUGUCCCCCUCCCGCCUGCUCAUCUCUCCAACCAAACACUUCAUUCUCAACAUCAACGUUGGAGGAACGGUGUACCACCUGCCCUACAGGUUAGCUGCCAGGUAUCCCAAAACACGGAUCGGCCGGUUGGCCACGUACACGGACCACAGCAGGAAGUUGGACCUGUGUGACGACUACAUCGUCCAGAGCAACGAGUUCUUCUUUGAUCGCGAUCCCAAAAUCUUCCACAACAUCUUCAACUUCUACAGAACUGGAGUGCUGUGGAUUAAAGAUGAGCUGUGUCCCCGCAGUUUCUUGGAGGAGAUCAACUACUGGGGCGUCAGAAUCAAAAACAGCCAGCGCUGCUGCCGCAUCUCCUUCGAAGAGAGGCAGGACGAGCUGAACGAGCAGCUGAAAAUACAGAAGCAGCUGAUGGCAGAGGUGGAGAUGGAGGAGACAGAGGCGUUAUUUCACGGCAUGGCCUUUGGACCGACCCGAAGGAAAAUCUGGAACCUGAUGGAGAAGCCGUUCUCCUCGGUCACAGCCAAGCUGAUGGGGGUCGCCUCCUCGAUCUUUGUGCUGGUUUCUCUGGUUGCCAUGACUCUCAACACCGUGGAGGAGAUGCAGUACAAAACGGCGUCGGGCCAGCCCAGCGGCAGAUUCUACGGCGAGUACGCUGAGACAUUCUGCAUCACCUUCUUCACCCUGGAGUACCUGCUGCGCCUGGUGUCCACUCCCGACCUCAAGUGUUUCGGUCGGAGCGUCCUGAACACCGUCGACCUGAUCGCCAUCCUGCCGCACUACCUGCAGAUGAUGCUGGAGUGCUUUGAGGACGAGGACAUUCACCUGCAUUCGGGGGACAUCGAGACUGUGGCGCGUGUUGGAAAGGUGGGCCAGGUUCUGAGGAUCAUGCGUCUGAUGCGAAUCUUCAGGAUUUUGAAGCUGGCACGUCACUCGACAGGUCUCAGAGCUUUUGGCUUCACACUGAGACAGUGCUACCAGCAGGUGGGCUGUUUACUUCUCUUCAUCGGCAUGGGGAUCUUCAUGUUCUCAGCCAUGGUGUACACUGUGGAGCAUGACGUUUACAACACAAACUUCACCUCCAUGCCGCACGCGUGGUGGUGGGCCGCUGUGAGUAUUUCCACGGUGGGCUACGGCGACAUGUUCCCAGAGACCAACCUGGGCCGUAUCUUUGCCUUCGCCUGCAUCUCCUUUGGCGUCAUCCUCAACGGCAUGCCCAUCUCCAUCCUCUACAACAAGUUCUCCGACUACUACGCCAAGCUCAAGUCCCACGAGUACACCGCUGUCACCAGGGCCCGUGGGAAACUGCACUUCGCCAGAAGGGCGGCGAAGAAGUUCGCCGAGUGCUGCGAGGAAGUCGUUCAGCCGAGGACCUCCCGCCUGCAGUGAGCCAGGUUACAGAUUUCCACAUUUGCAUAGAGAUUUGUCUGGAAAAUUCACCGUCCUGUGUCUGACAUCACAGGAUGGUACAUUAAUGCUUUUCUACCGUCUGUAGAAAGACAAUGAACCUGACAUUCUGCACAAUGAUCGUUUCAGACCUUGUGAAUUAGACUGCAGGAGUCACAGUGGUUUGGACGAUUUCCUGAAGGCACAUUUUAUCUGUCCUCUGUCCCUGUUCAUUCCUGUUAAGCCUGUUUCAGCAUGAAAUGGGAGAAAGGCAGAGAAACAACCUCCUGUCAGUGCUGCAAUCUCAUAGCAGCUGGGAGAACAAAAAGAAAAAUGCUGUUUAUUUUAUUUGCCAAAAUUCUAUAUAUUUGUCCUUUAAGUCCAUUUAAUCUCCACACAUCUCUGUUAAAGCUGUCCAUACCUCCACCAUCCCCAACCUCUUCUCCUCCUCCAUCCACACUCUAUCCAUCAGUCUCUAAAGCUCACAUGUAAUCCAGG